AUGAUCUUAUAUUAGCUGAUUAAAUAGAUUUUGAGAAUAUAUUGCAUAAAGAGAAUUCCUUUAAUAAUAUAUUUAAAUCCAAAUUUUUAUUUUUUCGUUUAUUAAAUCGAUGAACGGUUCUAUUAUUGUUUGGAAUAUUAGGUGUGUUAUGAAAUUUAUCUAAAAAAUUCUUCUAACUCCAUUAUUUAUGUUGGCUUUAGUGAAGCUAUAUUAGUCUAAAUUAACGUAUUCUAUUGUAAUUUUAUAAAAAUGAAGUUAAGGAAUAAAUAUUAUGAUAUUAAAUUGUAAAUAAAUCUUAAUUAGAUUAAAUUUAAUUAUAUGAUUGAAAAGAUUCUUUUCUUUUAAAACAGAGGUGGAGUAUUUUAAUUAAUUUAUAAAAAAUUCUCUAGAAAUUGGAGAAUUUUAAUAUUUAUUAUCUAUAUAUGCACUAGAUUUGACACCUACUAAAGGGCUAGAAAAUUAUCUAUACUAGAGAAAAUCUUACUAUUUAGAAUGCUCACUAAAUUUUGGAUCCUAUAUUUUCUUCCUUUAAUUAGAUACAAAUAUAUAGCAAUUUGGCUUUAAAAGAAGAGUCAAAUUAAUUAAAAGUAAACACUCAAACUUAAUUCAUUCAAAUACACAAUAUGA